AUCUCUCUCACCACCAAUAAUUCAAAGGGUAUUUUAGUAUUUCAACACCGCGUAAUUUUCUCUGCAUCUUAUAUAAAAUGGUAUGGGUUCUCACUCCCCAUGCAGAACCUCAACACAUAUUACGAGCUCUCUCAAGUCCCAGCCAUGGACUUUAGUAGACUUACCAUUUCUCUCUUCUUUGCUCUUUUGAUCUCUACUACCACAGCCGUUGAUCCUUGUGCCUCAGAAUCUGAUAGCUCAGAUCUUUCUGUCAUACCUAUUUACAGCAAAUGCUCACCUUUCAACAAGCAAACCAAUUCUGGGUCCUGGGUCAAUACAGUGAUAAACAUGGCCUCAAAAGACCCAGAUCGGGUCAAAUACCUAUAUAGCCUAGCGGCCCAAAAGACCCCCUCCGCCCCAGUUGCUUCGGGUCAGCGGGUCCUUAACAUUGCCAACUAUGUGGUCCGAGUCAAACUCGGAACCCCGGGUCAGCUCUUGUUCAUGGUUCUAGACACCAGCAAUGACGUCGCUUGGGUCCCAUGCUCCGGAUGCACUGGUUGCUCCUCCACCACUUUCUCACCCAAGACUUCCACAACUUACGGGUCUUUGGACUGCUCCAUGCCCGAAUGCACCCAGGUCCGUGGACUCUCUUGCCCGUCUACUGGAUCUUCCACGUGCUUCUUCAACCAAUCUUACGGUGGAGAUUCAUCAUUCUCCGCUACCCUCGUACGUGAUUCUUUCCAUCUCGCCACCGAUGUUCUCCCCAAUUACACUUUCGGGUGCAUCAAUUCCAUUUCGGGAGGCUCAGUUCCACCCCAAGGGUUAUUGGGUUUGGGUCGUGGAUCCAUGUCCUUGCUCUCACAAUCCGUGUCGCUCUACUCGGGCGUCUUCUCAUACUGUUUACCCAGUUUCAAAUCCUACUACUUCUCCGGGUCACUCAAACUCGGACCCCUCGGCCAGCCUAGAUCCAUUAGAACCACCCCACUUCUACGUAACCCACACCGACCCUCACUCUACUACGUGAACCUCACCGGACUUAGCGUGGGACGGGUUUGGGUCCCCAUUGCUCCAGAGCUCCUUGCAUUCGACCCUAACACCGGAGCUGGAACCAUCAUCGACUCCGGCACAGUCAUAACACGGUUCGUCGUACCCAUUUACAGUGCGAUCCGGGACGAGUUCAGGAAACAAGUGAAAGGUCCAUUUUCAACACUGGGGGCCUUUGAUACUUGCUUUGCCGCGGGCAAUGAAGGCAUUGUCCCGACAAUAACGUUGCAUUUCACGGGGUUGGACUUGACAUUGCCGUUGGAGAACAGCUUGAUACAUAGCAGUUCAGGGUCGUUGGCUUGCUUGGCAAUGGCGGCUGCUCCGAGCAACGUGAACUCGGUAUUGAAUGUGAUAGCCAACUUGCAGCAGCAGAACCUUAGGAUCGUGUUUGAUGUUGCCAACUCUCGUUUGGGCAUUGCCCGUGAGCUCUGUAACUAGAUUUUGGCUGUUAACUAUGUUUCUCUCUAGAUUUCUUUGGUUGUGUCCAAUAUUGUGUGUUAUAGGAUUGGUGGGACUAAGAAGAAUGAAAGGAUAAAACCUUAUGUUCUCUUUUGGAGAUAUAUGAUGCAAUGUAAUAUCUUCAACUGCAUGUGAUUAUGGCGAAAAUGAUUGUAGCCUUUAAUUAUCUAUCCAUAUGCCUUCCAAUGGCUCUUGCAGCAUA